CUGACGGACAUUAGAACUACCAAGACCGCAAUGCCCCCUUGCCUGCGUUCGACGAGAGAGGGGAGGGGAAGGAGGCGCGGCCAUGAGGCAGAGGGGAGGUGGCAUGCGACGCCUGCGCAGUGUGAUAGGGAUGGCGUAUUUUCUUGCACUGAGUGCUGCGGCGUCGCUGGCCGCUGAGGAGGGCGGAGAUUUCUGUGUGAAAUAGUGGGAGGGCUCCAAGGAAGCCUCGAGAAGAGCCGCAGUCAGAACAAUAAAUUGAGAAGUCGAUGUGGGCAUUGCUAGUCUCGUACCGGCGGCGGCUUCAAGUCUGAGAUCAUCGUGGAAUCGUCAACUUUGAAAUUUAUAAAACAUGGAGAAAACUAAAGAGAAAGCUGAAAGAAUUCUUCUAGAGCCUUAUAGGUACUUACUUCAAUUACCAGGUAAACAGGUGAGAACGAAACUUUCACAGGCAUUUAAUCACUGGCUGCAAGUCCCAGAAGACAAGCUACAGAUUAUCAUUGAAGUGACUGAAAUGUUGCAUAAUGCCAGUUUACUCAUUGAUGAUAUUGAAGACAGCUCAAAGCUCCGACGUGGUUUCCCAGUGGCUCACAGCAUCUAUGGUGUCCCAUCUGUCAUUAAUUCUGCCAAUUACGUCUACUUCCUUGGACUGGAAAAAGUCUUAACCCUUGAUCACCCAGAUGCGGUGAAGCUUUUCACACGCCAGCUUCUAGAACUUCAUCAGGGCCAAGGCCUCGACAUUUACUGGAGGGACACCUACACUUGUCCAACUGAAGAAGAAUACAAAGCCAUGGUGUUGCAGAAGACAGGUGGUUUGUUUGGACUAGCAGUAGGUCUUAUGCAGCUGUUCUCUGACUACAAAGAAGAUCUAAAGCCACUGCUUGACACACUUGGGCUCUUUUUCCAGAUUAGAGAUGAUUACGCCAAUCUACACUCCAAAGAAUACAGUGAAAACAAAAGUUUCUGUGAAGACUUGACAGAAGGGAAGUUCUCAUUCCCCACUAUCCAUGCCAUCUGGUCAAGGCCAGAAAGCACCCAGGUUAACUGGACAUAAAGAAUGGAGUUAAGAGACUAGGCAAAGCUGCAACACCACCACUGAGACUGAGGCAAGAGGAACAUGAGUCCAAAAGCAGUCUGAUCUCCAUAGGAAGGUGGAGCCCAGCUGGAGUGCAUACUCAGACCUUUGUCUCAAAACACAAAAAUACUGAGUUAAGGAAGCAGGGCAUUAUUGAAGUAAGACAUGCAUUUGAAACACAAAUUAGGAAUUUAAAGAGACUCAGAUUUUCUAAAAAGUUCGUGAAAGCGGAUUUGUGGUUUGAUAAGAUGACUUAGUUUGUCAAGUACUUGCUGCAUAAACAUGAGGAUCUGAGUUUUGAUCCCCAACAUCCACAUAAAAUCGGAAUGUGACAGUGUGUACCUUGUAAUCUCAGUGUUGAGGCAGGAAGACAGGCAGGCCUUGGAUACUAUGGCAAGCCAUUCAUUCUAACUGAAUCUGUAAGUUCCAAGCAAGAGAGAGACCCUGUCUAGGAAAAUAAUGUGAAACCCUAUUGAGGAAGACACCUGAUCUUGACUUCUGGUAUCCACAUGCUCAUACAUAUAUGCAUACAGUUAUAAAUGUAUAUACACAAAAGUAUGAUAAUUUUAUUAAUUUAUCAGAGCCUGAAACUUCACCAAUUAAGAUUUUAAAAGCUGCAGAUUGAAGGUGAACAAUUAAAAUUACAGCAUUCAGUACGUGGUUAGUAGGGACUAGAGAGGUGGCUCGGCAGAUAAAAACACGUGUUCUUGCCGAGGACCUGAGUUCAGUUCCCAGCACCAUACAGUAUUCAGUUUCCAUGGUCACUCAGGUGUGUGCACCUGGCUGUACAAGCAUACAUGGACAUAGGAAGGUCAGAGGGGACUACCACGUGACUCACUUGAUCACUAUUUCUUAGACAGGGUCAUUGUACUGUCCUGGCUGUCCUGGGAUUCUCUGCAUACACCAUGCUGGUCUCAAACUCAGAGAUCCUCCUGCCUCUUCCUUCCACCUUGAUCACUUUUUUCUCUUUUUUAAUUGUUUUAUUUGUCAUUAAAGUGUGGCAGGGUGCUGGUGUGUGCAUGCAACAAAAUAUAUAUGCAGGUUAGAGAACAACUUUUGGAAGUCAGUUCUCUCCUUCCACCAUGGGUUCCAGGAAUCAAACUUCAGUCAUCAGGUGUGUAUGACAAUUCUUUGAUACUCUGAGCUAUCGAUACAGGGUCUCUGAAUCUGGAGUUUAAUAAUUCAGCUAGCCUGCACAGCCAGUGAGUUCUAGAGAUAUGCCUUUUCCACCUCCUGGACUGUGGUUACUGAUCUGUGUCACACUCAGUGACACAUGGGUUCUGGGAUCUGAAUUCAAGUCCUCCUGCAUUUGUGGCAGGGACUUUACCAUGACCCAGCACUCUACCAUCUAAUUUUUAUUUAUCACUGUCCAGAUGCAAAACAAAAGUCUUGAUCUGAAGGGGAUAGAAGAACCAAUUCUGAGCAAAAUAUGAGUGUCCAUACCCCAGCUACACAAAAUCAGGUCACCCUGAAUGGCACAUUUCUGUGAACAAGGUUUUAUAAAUUAAAAAAAAAAUUUAUUAUGUGUUAUGGCAUGCAUGUGGAGG